CUGUGUUUGCGUUAACGCUGAACUGCACUGGUACUUCAGGUGGCGAUAUAAACUUGUCGCGGGAGAGAGAGCUGUAAAGGAUGUGUAGCUCGCACUCAGAGGGUUCGACGAAUUAUGAACGAGUCAAAGCAGCAUCACGUUCGGACUAAAGAGUACAAAGGAAAAGGGUCAACAGCAUGAUGGACGUUCACUCAUUUUCACAAACUCCUCUCCUCUUCCUGACAUUCCUCCAGCAAAGGCCUUGUCUGAACAGUGAGCUACAGAGGGAGCUAGAGAAUCUGCACUGUGAAGUGAAACUCAGUGCAGCUCUGAGUGGAUUAAAUGACCACAUAGCGUAUCCCCAGUACCAUGGCUUUGACUCCGACAUUGAAUGUGAUGGCGAGCUGCAAACAGAUGGACACUCAUUUCACAGAGGUCUACUACAUGAUGUUCCUCAAGUUGAUCUUGUAUUACCAGUACCUGUCGAAGAAGCGAAUGCAGUAAGGGAGGUGGCUGCUGAGCUCAUUAGAAUGGCAGAUGAAUUCAAUCACAGCAUUGUCUCUCAAGCCGCUGAGCAUCUGACCAAGAAACUUUGCAAUUCUUCUCCACAGUACUGGUGGACCUGCUUGUCUCAGGGUGUUGACAGCAUACUCAAGGACAUGCCUGGUGUGCACAAUGAGCGAAUGGUGAUGGCGCUCACCUUCUCCCUGGUGAAGGCAGUCUGUGAACGUGCACCUCGUCUGCUUCGUGAGCUCUGGAACACCUUCACUAGACCUCAGUGACUCAUUUCUUUUACACGAUGUGACUUACAUUCUCAGGUUACCGUUGUUUGUUUGUUUUUGUUUUCAACUCUGAUAAAUGUGUACUUUUUCUUACUAGUAGUAGUUCAUGUGUACUGUUUCUUAGUAGAUAAACAGUACCUGAUUGUUGUUUUUUGUUUGUUUUGUCAGUCUGAACCUUUUUGGAUGUUUCAAUGUGUUAUUGUUGUGGAAGUAAACACAAAAAUGGAUGAA